GUGGGCAGACGGAGCUCCGGCGGCACCGCGGGGAGGAGCGGGAUGGCGGCGGCCGCGGCGGGCGAUGCGCGCCGGGUACUGGUGUACGGCGGCAGGGGCGCGCUGGGCUCCCGAUGCGUGCAGGCGUUCCGGGCCCACAACUGGUGGGUAGCCAGCAUUGACAUGGUGGAGAACGAAGAGGCCAGUGCUAGCGUCAUCGUGAAAAUGACAGACACCUUUACCGAGCAGGCCGACCAGGUGACUGCUGAAGUUGGAAAGCUCUUGGGUGAUGAGAAAGUGGAUGCAAUUCUUUGUGUGGCUGGAGGAUGGGCUGGGGGCAAUGCCAAAUCCAAGUCUCUCUUUAAAAACUGUGACCUGAUGUGGAAACAGAGCAUAUGGACGUCCACCAUCUCCAGCCACUUGGCCACCAAGCACCUCAAAGAAGGAGGCGUCCUGACUCUGGCUGGUGCCAAGGCUGCCCUGGAAGGGACUCCUGGGAUGAUUGGCUACGGCAUGGCGAAGGCUGCCGUUCACCAGCUCUGCCAGAGCCUGGCUGGGAAGAACAGUGGCAUGCCGGCUGGGUCUGCCGCCAUCGCCGUGCUCCCGGUUACCCUGGAUACCCCGCUGAACAGGAAGUCGAUGCCAGAGGCCGACUUCAGCUCCUGGACGCCCCUGGAGUUCCUAGUGGAAACCUUCCAUGACUGGAUUUCAGGGAAAAACCGACCGAGCUCAGGAAGCCUCAUCCAGGUGGUGACCACGGGAGGGAAGACGGAGCUCACCCCGGCGUAUUUUUAAGCUUCAUCUCAGUGUCUGGGAGGGGCCUGCCCAAAAACCUGUUGACUGUUUCAGCCUGGCCGCAACCGGCACUGUGUUUUCUGUAAUCCUGUUUGUGGUGUGAGAUAGUGAGUCCUAUUUUUCUCUCACCAAAUGUGCAUUUGGUUUCCUAGGAAAGUAUAAAAUGUUUAUGGGAAAUAAAAAGGAAUAAGGGUAGAGGCCUACAAAUAGCACCUGGCAAUCUGUGUUAACUCUUUAAGUACUGGAGGUCUCUGAGUGGCCCCCUCUGUAAGCAUGUCAGGUUGAAUUGUUUUUGAGACCCUGUUUUUCUGUCCCUUAUAGUAAUUGUUGUCCUGAUGCGUUUGAUGAUUUGUUGAUAAGAGGAGCAUAUUAUGGGCUGAGCUAUUUUUGAAUGUUGUGUUUAUGUCACAGAUGUAGUUUUCGCAGCCUUGCAUUAAACUGCCUUAAAACUCCUUUUGUGCUGUAAGCAAAAUCCAGUGGACUCUGUCUUGGUGUUCUCUUUUCUGUGCAGUUGCCAAGUGUCUCCUGGUUAAGUGCUAAGGCCAUAAAUGUGCAAGAGAAGCACUUGUGAUUAUUUGGAGUUUUCCUGCCUAAUAAAUGUACUUCGUUUA